CGGCAGUGUGUUUAUUUCCUUUUUUAAAAUCCCAUCUUUCUUUGUUACAGAUGCUGUUCAGUUUUUAAUUGUACUGUGAUUAUUCGAUGUGAAACUGUUGAAUUAUGAAGUAAGGACCAUGUAUGUAUAGAAAAAAACCUAUAGGCACGUAUUCUUCGUCCUCGUGAGCACCGAAGUCUUUGUCUACUACACAGUGUAAACGUUUGUAAAAUGGAGUUGAAGCCUCCGGAUUCUUUCCCAUUCCCGUUUACGGCUUAUUCCAUUCAGCAUGAUUUCAUGACGAAUUUGUAUGAAGCGUUAGAAUCUGGGAGACUGGGAAUAUUUGAAAGUCCUACAGGCACUGGCAAAUCAUUGAGUCUGAUUUGUGGUGCACUGCGGUGGCUGUUGGACCACGAGACAAGGUGCCAGGCAGACCUUGAAGCUCAGAUGGCAGCCCUGACUUUACAACUGGAAGAACUAGAGGCAGAAAAUGCAGUUGACUGGUUGGGUCAGCAGGCUCAAGGAGUGGAACUGAGAAACAAAUUAAACGUGAUUGCACGGCAACUCAGUUCUAUUCACAAGAGAGAGGAGAAGUUGCACAGCCUAAGGAACAAUGUCAAAAAGGAGGCUAAGAAUACUGAUAAGAAAUCUUGCCAAAGAUCUGAAGAGUCUCCAUCGGUUCCCGCAAUGAGAGAUUUAGUUACUGAUGAAGAUGAAAUUUUGUUAGAAGAAUAUGAGGAAAGUAAUUGUGAAGAUGGCACUACUGACGUCACUGAGGAUGAAGAAGAUGAAGAGAACCAGCUGGAUGAGCCAAAGCCAACCCAAAUUUAUUUCUGCAGCCGAACCCAUUCUCAGCUGGCGCAAGUGGUGGGUGAAAUCCGGCGUAGCCCCUAUGGGGCUGAUAUCCGUGCUGUUCCCCUUGCGUCUCGUUCUAAUUGCUGUAUCAAUGAGAGUGUUCGCCGUCUUGGUAACAAUACUCUUAUAAAUGAAAGGUGUCUUGAGCUCCAGAGCAAGACCAAAUCCAAACCCAUAGAUAAAGAGAACGCACCUAAGCGACAGAAGACUGUAGGUGGGGGCAGCUGUCCAUUCCGGCAGCGUGAGAGAGUGCAACAGCUGAGGGAUACGGCUCUGUCAUCUGUCCAUGAUGUUGAGGAGCUCGUGACUGCUGGGAAAAUGCUGAAAGCAUGCCCGUACUAUGCUGCCAGGGAUGCAGUCCCUCUUGCUCAAGUUGUCCUUAUCCCCUACAAUACUCUACUGCACAAGUCAACACGUGAAGCAAGUGGAAUACGACUGAAAGAUAGCAUUGUGAUAAUUGAUGAAGCACACAAUCUAUUGGAGAGUGUUAACAGCAUUCAUAGCUGUGAAGUUACGGGACACCAGCUGAGCUUUGCCCAUAGUCAGCUUUCUCAAUACAGGCAGCGAUUCCUACGGCAGUUCAGUCCUGUUAAUUUGCUACGCCUCGAACAGCUUAUUUUUGUAAUUAGCAAGCUUCUACGUCUGCUUGGUGGUAGGCCUGGUCACCAUCCUGAUGUCAGUACUGGUUUGCGAGCUGCAGAAGAGAAGAUGUAUACACUAACAGAUUUUCUGUUAUUUGCAGAAAUUGAUAAUAUCAAUCCAUACGUGUUACUGCAAUUUUGCAAGAAGAGUAAGCUGGCACAUAAGAUUCGGCGUUAUGGAGAGCUUUAUGAAUCAACUGUGAAAAUACACCCAGAGAAAAAAGGUGGUCUGAAAGCUCUUCUAAGUGAAAUGGUCCAUGCCAGUUCCAAAAAUGGAAUUAAAGGAAAAGUGGCAGCAGAGCAAACACCCUUGCAAAAUACUGUGAGGAAGGAAACCUCUUUUGGGAAUCCACUACCAUCUAUAGUGUCAUUCGUUGAAGCCUUGACAACAAAGAGUGAUGAUGGGCGAGUACUGGUGUCCAUAAAUACGGUGCUUGGGAAGGGCAGACUGCGCUUCAUGCUACUCAACCCUGCUGCACACAUAGAGCCCAUCAUCAAGUUGCCAAGGUGUGUAAUAGUCGCAGGGGGCACAAUGCAGCCUAUUUCUGAAUUCAGGAACCGCCUAUUUCUGGCAGCAGGUGGUUCUCCAGAACGAGUGAUGCAGUUUUCUUGUGGUCACAUAAUCCCACAAGAAUCUAUUUUGCCUAUAGCUGUGACUUGUGGACCAUCCGGUGCUGAGCUGGACUUUUCCUAUCAGCAUCGUGAAAAGCAUGAUCUGAUGCAGGAUCUUGGCCGUAUCCUUGUGAAUGUUUGCAAUAUAGUUCCAGCAGGUGUUGUCUGCUUUUUUCCCUCUUACGAUUAUGAAAGCAAAAUAUAUGCAUUUCUGAAAGAAAAUGGAUUUAUUGAAAAAAUACAGCAGCGGAAACAGGUGUUUCGUGAGCCCAAGACUUCUGGUGCUAUAGAUAAAGUUCUAGAUGACUACGCACUCUGCAUAAAAAAAGCUUCCACAGGUGGUGGCAGGGGAGGAGCACUGAUGUUAAGUGUUGUUGGUGGAAAAUUGAGUGAAGGGCUGAAUUUUAAUGAUGAUUUGGGACGCUGCGUCAUUGUUGUUGGUCUGCCCUACCCAAACAUCAAAUCGCCUGAAAUGCAAGAGAAAAUGAUUUACCUUGACACUAAUGAGGGCAAGGGUGCUGGUCGGGAGUACUAUGAGAGCCUGUGCAUGAAGGCUGUCAACCAGAGUGUGGGGCGCUCAGUACGGCACCGUGGUGACUAUGCAGCUGUGCUGUUGCUGGACCGACGCUAUGGCAGUGGCCAUGUGCAGGGUGGGCUGCCGGCCUGGGUGAGGGUGGUGCUGCAGACUAGUGACCGAUUUGGCCAUGUGCUCUCACAGCUAUGUAAGUUUUUCGUGGCCCAAGCAGCAAAAGCUGAAAGACUGUAACAGUAGUGUCACCAUAAUCAGAAGCAGAGCCUAUUUAUUAAAAUACUCAAAGAAAAGACUGAAAACUAGGUGUAGAGUUAUCUCAAGUGAUCUACUUUUGAAAUAUAGUUCUUUUGAGGCUUAAUUAAAUAUAUUUUCUUUCCUUGUUCUUCUUCUGUUACUGUCCGAAUAUGUACUGUUUCAUAGAUAUAUUUUAACUUGUGUACUGUUUCAUAAAGAUA